AUGGACAACAUCGAAGCCGCGGCAGGUCGCAUACACUGCGAGUUCCAAGGAGGAUGGGAAAAUAAAUGCCUCCAUAAGGAUGCAGAUGGCAGCAAUCGCGGUUAUCGACACGAAAUGAACUAUAUCCCAAGAGCGCCACAGAGGAUAGGGUUUAAGAUCCUGGGGUUGAGCAGCCAAUCGCAAUGUUUUGGCCCCGAGUUAAGCAACGAGAAGGAUCAUGACGAGAAGGGAAGGCCAGAAGAGGAAAAAGGAGCUUGCAAGUUCAUGAGUGGGCAAUGGGCAACCAACCAGUGUGGGCUGAACGCCGGCGAGCGCUUCGGCGAAGUCCCUGAAGCAAGAGCAACAGCAACAGCAACAACAGGAACAGGCAAUCACGGAACAGUCGCCGGGCCCCCCCGAGGAGAUCUGGGCCUCCGAAUGUUAACUUGUUCAUUGCGGAUAUCCGUUUCUGCAAUCGUUUCAGGGAUUGGGUAG